GGUGCGGAGCAGCCGCUGCCUGCGCGCCUUCGCCCAUGGCCGACAUGGAGCUCUUCGGUGCCCAGCAGCCGCAGCAGUCGCCAGCCGGGAACGGGGCGCCCGACGGUGGCGAGGAGGAUCCCGCCGCCGCGUUCCUGGCGCAGCAGGAGAACGAGAUCGCGGGCAUCGAGAACGACGAGGGCUACGGCAUCCUGGAGAACGGCGAGGUGCCCGAGGCGCUGCAGAGUCCCGAGGGCCUGGGCGCGGAUGCUGUUGAUGGAGUGGUUAACGGGGAUGUCUAUCAGGAGAGUAAUGGUCCCACACACUGCUAUGCUGCCAUCUCCCAAGUAGACAGACUGCAGUCGGAACCAGAAAGUAUUCGUAAGUGGAGAGAGGAGCAAAAGGAGCGCCUGGAGCAACUUGAUGCAAACUCACGAAAGCAGGAAGCAGAAUGGAAAGAGAAAGCAAUAAAAGAGUUGGAAGAGUGGUAUGCAAGGCAAGAUGAAAAGCUUGAGAAAACAAAAGCCAGUAACAGGGCAGCUGAAGAAGCCUUUAUGAACGAUGCAGAAGAAGUUUUUCCGGGCUCUGAGUGGGAACGUGUGGCUCAGCUCUGUGACUUUAAUCCCAAGUCUAGUAAGCAGGCAAAAGAUGUGUCCCGCAUGCGUUCAGUCCUCAUUUCGCUCAAGCAGGCUCCGCUGGUUCGCUGAAGCAAAGCUCGAUGGAAACACUACAAAUGCAAUAUCUUAACCUUACUCAGAGAAGUUGUGUUUGAUUAAUUGUUUCAAUGUGUUUUUUUGGACCACAUCAUGAUGUAUCUAGAGCUGAUCAUUGUUUGAUUGCAUGUUAUUCCUGAUGUUUCCUUUCUAUGUCUGGAAUGGGAGAACCUCCAAAUCUGUAGUCUCUGUGCUGUUGUGCACUGAGGUGUCACUUCCCACAUUACUGAAAAUAAAGAUCUAUUAAACAGCAAAA